AUGGAAAAAAGAUACCUUCAGUUGUUCAAAGGAAAAAGGAUAGAUUUCCCCCUAGCAACUGGGGCAGCUUCUCACGUAUCUCUAACAUAUGAUGAAAAGAAGAACCCAUAUUUAUUAUGCUGGACAUAUAUGCGUCAAGAGAACCCAGAAUUCACGGUACCUUUAAAAGGAUGUAGAAUAAUUAACAAUAUAACAGAAAUCGGACCAUGUAUACACAUAAUUACAGCUAAUGAAGAAUAUCAAUUUCAGUGUAGGAGUCAGGAAGAGUUUAGUGAAAUGAGUCAAUUCUUUAAUAUUCUUGGUUUUCCUAUUUUAGGUUUUAAAAAUGUGUAUGUUUUAAAUAAAAAAAUAGGAAAAGGAAGUUUUUCCACAGCAUAUAUUGGAACAAAUAUACUAUACGGAAAUAGGGUAGUGGUAAAGGAAGUCGACAAAUCAAAAGUGAAGGAAUCAAAUGUAUAUACUGAAAUUGAAGUCUUAAGAAAAGUAAUGCACAAAUAUAUUAUAAAAUUAAUAUCAGCAUAUGAACAAGAAGGAUUUGUAUAUCUAGUAUUAGAAUAUUUAAAAGGCGGGGAAUUAUUUGAAUAUCUUAAUAAUAAUGGUCCAUACACAGAGCAAGUAGCAAAAAAAGCUAUUAAAAGAAUUUUAAUAGCUUUAGAAGCAUUACAUUCGAAUGGAGUAGUACACAGAGAUUUAAAAAUGGAAAAUUUAAUGCUUGAAAAUGUUAAUGAUCCAAGCUCAUUAAAAAUUAUAGAUUUUGGAUUAGCCUCAUUUUUAAAUAGCCCAUCUAUGAGUAUGAGGUGUGGUUCACCAGGGUAUGUUGCUCCUGAAAUUUUAAAAUAUGCGUCGUAUGGAACAAAAGUUGAUAUUUUUAGUUUAGGUGUUAUUUUGUUUAAUAUACUUUGUGGUUAUCCACCGUUUCGAGGUAAUAAUGUAAAAGAGAUAUUUAAAAAAAAUAUGAGAUGCCAUAUUAGUUUUAAUUCAAAACAUUGGUUAACAAAAUCGGAAAAUGUAAAAGAAAUCAUUUUAUGGAUGUGCAGCAAAAAUCCCGACGAUAGGUGUACAGCUAUGCAAGCAUUAGGACACCCGUGGUUUCUUCCAAAAAUUACUGAUAUGCACAUGAAUGCAAAUGUUAAUGAAAUGAAAAAUAAAGAAAAUAUUAUUCAAAAAUUAACAGAACAAGAAAUGCGGAAAAAAUGCAAACAUUAUAACAUCCCUGAUAAUAAUGAUGAGAACAUUAAACUAGCAGCACGUAAAAAUAGCAAACAUAAUGUUAAUGAUUAUAAAAUGUAUUUUGAUACAAUGCUAAAAAUUGAUGAUAAAUACUCUGAAAAUUUCAUUAAAGAUAAAAGUAGUAUUGAUUCCAUAUCUUUAAAUAGAAAAGAUUAUGAUGCUUACAUUGCUAAUUCGAAUGAGUACGAAACAGUAGUUUUACAUGGAGGUUGCCGUUCAUCCAAUCAUUCCUCCUCCCUAUUACCUAAUUACCAUCUUAAGAAAAAAAGCAAUGAACGAAUUUGA